GGCCCUGCUCGGCCAGAAAUACAUCACCUUUACACUCAACUCCGUACUGUCCAUCGCUUCAUGCCACAGUGGAUGCUGCAUAAACUCAAGACACCUUUACCAUAGACGUCGCCCAAACACGUCCGGUCUUGAUCUAUACCCGCUGUGAGCCAAGAUUCUGCAGGCUCUUCCAAUAAGGCCCGCGCCUGCCAUGUCGCGCAACAGGCUCCAGAGUGGCCUUGAUCGGGACGUCUACCAAGUGGUCCGCCGCUAUGUUGAUUCCAGCAAUGAGUCCCCUCUCAAGAUCAGACCCAACGCUAUCUACGAACACAUCAAAAAUUCCAACUCAUCCCUAAGGAGACGUCCCAAGAAGCAACUGGAGGAUUCUAUUGACCGUGCUCUCUUGACCAUUCAAGAAGACGAGAGUGGUGAAGAUGAAAUGGACGAGAUUGAGGGUGAUUUUGGAGCUGGCGACGUAAAACCGAAAGAAGAGAGCAAGAGCAUAGAUUUCAUGAACAAGCAAAUCGUCAACGGCUGGGCCAAUUCUGGAACGGCCACUCCCAAGGAGAAUGAAGAAAAGACCAAAAAGAGAGAGGGCCAAAAGGGCGGAGACCGUGAAAGCAAGCGUUUGAAGAGAGUAUCGGCUGCGGAAGAAAAGAAGAUCGAUAUAGCGCCCCCGAAAGGCAUGAGUUUGAGCGACAUUGGAGGAGUCGAUAACGUGAAGACUCAGCUCAAGGAGCAUCUGGUCAUGCCUCUUCUGGGACCCGAAGCUUACAAUAGCCGGAAUAUCCCGAUACCUCGAGGCAUUCUUCUUCACGGACCUCCUGGAUGUGGUAAGACGGUCAUAAGCAGAGCUUUUGCCGCCACGCUUGGUGUGCCGUUUAUUGAGAUCCUCGGACCUUCUGUUGUCUCAGGAAUGUCAGGAGAGUCGGAGAAGCAGAUACGGGAGCACUUCGAGCGCGCAAAAGAAGUAGCUCCAUGUCUCAUCUUUAUCGACGAGAUCGACGUCAUCGCACCGAAACGUGACAGCGCGCAAAGUCAGAUGGAAAAGCGUAUCGUGGCCCAGCUUCUGAUAUCAAUGGAUAGUCUUGCCAUGGAAUCCAACGAUGGCAAGCCUGUCAUCGUACUGGCUGCAUCGAACCGACCUGACAGCCUUGACCCAGCCCUGCGACGAGGUGGACGAUUCGAUACUGAGAUUAACAUGGGUGUGCCGAAUGAGCCUACUAGGGAGCUUAUCUUGCGUGCAUUAACACGCCGGACUGUAUUGUCCGACGAUGUCAGUUUCUCUUCUCUCGCGAAGAGGACGGCAGGUUUUGUCGGUGCUGAUCUGAAGGAUCUUGUCAGCAAAGCCGGAACCUGGUCCAUGGAUCAAUACCGAGAAGCACUUGAGAAACAAGCCAUGGAGGCAGAGAGUGAGAUGGAUGUGGAUGGCAGUGCGAAUAAGCUAUCGACUACAGAUCUGUCCAUCAUACGUCUUAUUAAUCGUGUACGGGACAAGACCAUGACAGAACCGCCAGGAUUUGAGCAUACAUCGAUCUCAAUGAAAGCUUUCGACGCUGUAUUGCCAGCUAUCGUACCCUCUUCAAAGCGAGAAGGCUUUGCCACGGUUCCAGACACUACCUGGCGGGACGUGGGUGCCCUUGCAGGUGUUCGAGAUGAGCUUCAAAUGGCUAUCGUAGAACCUAUCCAAAACCCACAACGAUACAAAGCUGUGGGUAUCUCUGCGCCGACCGGCGUGCUCCUCUGGGGCCCGCCGGGCUGCGGUAAAACGCUACUUGCCAAGGCUGUGGCCGCGGAAUCUAAAGCCAAUUUCAUCAGCGUGAAGGGACCAGAGUUGCUGAACAAGUACGUGGGAGAGUCAGAGCGAGCACUCCGUCAAGUCUUCAUGCGUGCCCGUUCAUCGGUACCUUGCGUCAUUUUCUUCGACGAGCUCGAUGCUCUUGUCCCUAAGCGCUCAUCCGAACUCCAUGAAGCUUCUGCACGUGUCGUAAAUACCCUCCUGACCGAGCUCGAUGGCCUCAGCACCCGUGAAGGCAUUUAUCUGAUUGCCGCCACCAACCGUCCCGAAAUGAUUGACGAGGCUAUGCUGCGCCCUGGCCGUCUGGAAACCUUGCUCUACGUGGAGCUACCCAAGCCCGAGGAACGGGUGGACAUUCUGAAGGCGUUGAUCGCCCAGCGCGGAGGUGUCAUCAACCCUGACCUAGCCGAAGUCGCAAGACGAGAGGAAUGCAAUGAUUUCAGCGGGGCUGAUCUCGAGAGUCUGCUCAGAAAGGCUGGACAAGCCGCGCUGCGGAGAGGCGCGAGUGCAGUCGAACAGCAAGACGUCGUGGCUGCGGCACAAAAUAUCAAGCCCAGUGUUGGCAGCCUGGAGAGAUACGAGCAGCUCCGGAAGCGCUUCGAGACUAAGUUGUGGUGAGGCGCUCACAAUGCAGCGAGUCACCCUAG